ACGACGCAGCAAAACGGACGUUGGCACUGGCUAUUGAGCGGCGACGAGGACACAACCUGCGACAUUUAGAGACCAGCUUUAUAAAAUAUAGUGGGAAGAGAUGGUCUUUUCUGCAGGACUGACAUAACAUCUAAAGGCUGACACUUUGAAUAUGGCUCCAAAUUCCAUCCACUGGUUUCGGAAGGGCCUGCGUCUGCAUGACAACCCUGCACUUCAGGAGGCUGUGCGGGGUGCAGGUACCAUUCGUUGUGUUUACUUCUUGGACCCCUGGUUUGCUGGGUCAUCCAACCUUGGAGUCAACAGGUGGAGAUUCCUCCUUCAGUGCCUAGAUGAUCUUGACUCCAGUCUCCGAAAGCUCAAUUCACGCCUUUUUGUUAUCAGAGGUCAACCAGCCAACGUUUUUCCACGAUUAUUUAAGGAGUGGGAAAUAUCCAGGUUGACGUUUGAAUAUGACUCAGAACCUUUUGGGAAAGAGCGGGAUGCUGCCAUUAAGAAGCUUGCAAUGGAGGCUGGGGUGGAAGUCAUUGUCAAGAUCUCACACACGCUUUACAAUCUGGAUAAAAUCACUGAGCUAAAUGGCGGUCAGCCACCCCUCACUUACAAACGUUUCCAGACUCUGAUCAGCCGUAUGGAUCCACCAGAGAUGCCAGUGGAGACCAUGUCUAGCACCCUUAUGGGCUGCUGUGUCACACCUGUAUCUGAAGACCAUGGGGACAAAUAUGGCGUGCCUUCUCUUGAAGAACUGGGAUUUGACACAGAAGGCCUACCCUCUGCUGUGUGGCCAGGUGGGGAGACAGAAGCACUAACAAGGAUUGAGAGGCACCUUGAGAGAAAGGCUUGGGUGGCCAACUUUGAAAGGCCAAGGAUGAAUGCCAAUUCCCUGCUAGCCAGCCCCACAGGCCUGAGCCCUUACCUUCGUUUCGGCUGUCUCUCCUGUCGCCUCUUCUAUUUCAAACUCACAGAUCUCUACAGAAAGGUAAAGAAGACCAGUACCCCCCCUCUCUCUCUUUAUGGCCAACUGCUGUGGCGGGAAUUUUUUUACACCGCUGCCACCACUAACCCGCGAUUUGACAAGAUGGAGGGAAACCCCAUCUGUGUGCGCAUUCCCUGGGAUAAGAACCCAGAGGCACUGGCCAAAUGGGCAGAGGCUAAGACUGGUUUUCCAUGGAUUGAUGCCAUCAUGACCCAACUGAGGCAGGAGGGCUGGAUCCAUCACCUAGCUCGUCAUGCUGUGGCUUGCUUCCUCACUCGAGGAGACUUGUGGAUCAGUUGGGAGGAGGGCAUGAAGGUGUUUGAAGAGCUCCUGUUGGAUGCAGACUGGAGUGUGAACGCAGGCAGCUGGAUGUGGCUCUCCUGUAGCUCAUUCUUUCAGCAGUUCUUCCACUGCUACUGUCCAGUAGGGUUUGGUCGGCGCACUGACCCUAAUGGGGACUUUAUUAGACGUUAUUUACCUAUUCUUCGAGGUUUUCCGGCCAAAUAUAUCUACGAUCCAUGGAACGCCCCAGAUUCAGUGCAGACUGCUGCAAAGUGCAUCAUUGGAGUUCAUUACCCGAAGCCCAUGGUGAACCAUGCAGAGACUAGUCGCCUUAACAUCGAGAGGAUGAAGCAGAUCUACCAGCAACUUUCCCGCUAUAGAGGACUAGGACUUCUGGCCUCAGUGCCAUCUACGCACAAUGGGAAUGGGAAUGGGAUGGCCUACUCUCCAGGAGAACAGCAUUCUGGAACCAACACACCAGCACCGGCCAUGCCAGGCAGCUCGGUUGCCAGCGGUAACCGGAGUGGAAGUAUUCUGCUGAACUUUGAUAGUGAGGAGCACCAGGGACCAAGCAGAAUGCAGCAACAACAAAAGCUAGGAUGUGUGCUUCAUACAACAGGACGUGUUGCAUGCAAGAGGGAACGAGAAUCGGAGCGAGACACCGAAGGAGACGACACACUCGCCACCUCUCACAAGCUACAGAGAAGAAUAGCAGAGAUCACUACAGUGCGUAGCACCAAUAGCCACCAUCCUGAAGAGCUAGAUGGAUGUAUCAGACUGAAGUGAACAUCGAAGCAGCAACUGGCCUUCAAUAUGAUUUUUUUUUCCUUUCUUUGUUUUCGAGGGAAUAUUGGUUAAAAUGAAUAGCCCGAAGAAAAAAAAAACAGAUCAAUCAAUCAAGACUGGUCCUUUUCAAAAUAAUUAUAUUUUUUAUGUAUUUAUUUUUGUUAUUUAAUGCAGGUUAAUCCUUUUUUUUUUUUUUUUUUUACCAGAAAACAAACUGCCAUUUUAGUUUUUUUUUUUUUAUAUUUGGAAACCUUUUAUAUCAAGAAGAAUAUAAGAACAUCAUAUCUUUGCAGCAGCCAGUGUAUUUAAGUAAUUGUAUGCAUUAAUACACAAGAAUCCUACUGACACAAACGCUACCUAUUCACUUGAUUGCAAAAGUUUGCAUACUCUUACUUUUAAAUAAGUAAAUAAAUGGGUCAAAACGUUUAUAUUGCUGCUAAUAGUGAAGAAUUUUGAAAUGAUUCUUUAUAAUGUAAUGUAAAUGUGGACUGUUAUUCUACUUCCCUGACUUUUUCAGGACUCAAAUUUGUGUGUGAUGCAAAAAUAUGGAUUUUUUUUAAGAUUAUUUGUUCACUCUUCAAACAAAUUGUCCAUUUUACCAUUAUAGUAAUAUUGUCAUUAAACCCCCCUUUUUUUUCUUUUUACAAUAUUCACCAUUCUUUGAUGCUCGGUGCUUUCAGUUUAAGGUCUUUUUUUCUGCUAAAUCUUGGCUUCUUAUAACAAUGGAGCCUGUUUAAAUAUUUAUGGCAAAAAUCAAACAUAACAAAGUGAACAUGUUGAUUGCCUGUUGUGGCACUUUAAUAUAAGUCAAAGCGUGUCAGUAGAGGCACAAACUUUUUAACCUGCUAAUAAAGAUAACUGCAAAUUAAUUGUUAUGAUGCCCUGUUAUAAAAGGCACUCAACUGGAAUAGCAUGGAAAAGUCAUGUCCUAUAAAAAGAAGUAGAUUUUUAUUUAUUAUUUUUUUUUUACACAUACAGUAAAACAAGAGAAAUGCAAACUUUUGGACUCAAAUAUCUGUGUCAAAAUUCUCUCAUCUUUAAAGCCACAUCAUGUAUGUCUAUACUUGUAAAGUACUUACAGUAUAGUAAUGCUGUUUUGUUGAUUUAUGUCAUGUCUUGUUUAAGGCAGUGUUUAGAACUCAUUAUAUAAAAAAAAAAAAAAAGUCCUGGACACUAUUAUGGUAAAUAAUGUAAAGUUAUUUUUAGAGUCUUAUGGUGAUAUUGUAAUUAAAUUAGAAAACCAAUAUGUUAGGAAUGUUCUGGUUUGUGGAAGUGGCCAUUUAUUUUUAUUUAGGAUUAAGCAAACAUCCAAACAUUAUAAUGCUUUAUAGUACAGUAUUUUAUAGAGAAACUUUGGAAAUCAGAAUCAUGAAAAUCAUCUGUGCGCAUGGAGUUUGCAUGUUCUCUCUGUGCUUGUUUCUUCUGGGUGCUCUGGUUUUUUCCGACAUUUUAAAGACAUGCAGAUUAGCUUAAUUGACGUUCCCAAAAAAAUUGCCCAUAGUGUGAAUGUGUGUAUGUGUGUCUGCCCUCGUGUCCCAAGUCUCUUGGGGCAGCCUCCAGGCCUUCAGGACCCUGCUCCAGGCAUGCCACUUUAUCCACAAUGUAAAACAACAUGAGUGAUUGAGCGAGUGAAUGAGAUUUCAUUCAAAAUUAUAAUAAAAAAAGGGUGGUUAAUUUUUUUUCCAUUUUUAUAUAUAUGUUUAUAUUUUAAUAUUAGACCUCUUGGUCAAACCUCACAGCCAGCAAAUGCCUACUGCACAACAUACUCUUCUUAAAGAAUAGGAGUAACUGAUGUAAAGAUGUUCAUACCAGCUAUUUGUCAUAAUACAUAUACAUAAAAUUUAUGUGAUUUUCAAGGCUGUACAUACAUCUAGUUUUAUAGUUGUGCAUGAACAACCUCCCAUCCUCAAUUUUUUUUUCACUUUUCACUACUGAAAAUGAGCUCUACUGUACUUGCACAGGUGAGCACAAGUGAGGUUAUUUUUGUCCUGCUGAAAGUUUGUUUGGUUCUAAAAAAGCACUAAAGUUAUGAGCCAGAUUUUUAUUUUAUUUUAUUCUUUUACAGUUUUACAGUACAGUACAUUGAUCAGUUGACUGGAUGUCAAAGGCCAUGCUUUUUCAUUUAUUCUGUAAGCUGUGAUGCCUUAUAAAUUUAAGGCACCAAAUUCAGCAGCAGUAUUUUUGUAAGAAAAGUGAUGAGUAUUUUCUUCCUCUAAUUUUGAUUUUUACUAUAAAAGAUGUAAAACCCAACAAUAUAUAUUUCAGCUAUUUCCAAAGGUUUUUUUCUGCACAUGCCAAAAUAAGUAAAAAUAGAAAUCACAAAAACACUGAAUUAUACUUUUAUGUGAGAGGUAAUGAUUUAUAUAACUGAAGUAUAAUUUUUAAAAGCACUCAAAGUGCUUUACUGGGCAUUGUGCUUCUCUUAACUGAUCUAUGUAUAUAAUUGCUACUGAUUUUUUUUUUGCAGGUCAAAUGACCAACAUCAGUCUUAAAGCUGUUACAUCUGCAUCAACGUUUACAGUGUCACCAGUCCAGGUGUACACUAAAGGAGUUCUUUAUAACAUGUAAAUAUUCUGUAGGACAUAAAUCUUAUUCCUAUAUGUGCAGUGAUUAAUUAGUGGUAUUUAAUGCAUAUUUUGCUGAGAUUGUGUUUAUGUUGUUCUGACCGCUGUUGGCGUAGUUGGAUAUACACAAGACUGGUGUGAAAAAAGGACUGUUACUAAUAAUAGUAAGGAUCAGCUUUGCUUUUGAGUGUUGAGAGUUGUUUUUUUAUGUGUGCUGUUGUAGUUAUCCAUUUUUGUCACCACAAAAAUAAGGCAAGUCUUUUUUUCUCUACUUGGUUUUGUUUUGUUCAUUUCAUUUCCUUUCUGUGAAAUGUGUUUGAUUUGACAAUUUCUAACUAUCUUCCAGUCUUUACAAUGUCAUUGUGCAAAAUGAGGUCUAAGACAGAAGUAAAGUGUUGAACCAUAA